AAGGCUAGCUCAUAUUUUUUCACUUCAUUCUUUUGAACUAGCUAGCUUCCUUAGGUUUUGCAUUCACUUCUCUGCUAUAGGCCAUUGUUCUUAUGGUAGGUAUACCACUAUCAGAAUUAUUUCUCUGUUCCACAAAAAAAAAAAAAAAAAAAAAAAGAAGCUUGGAUUUCAUGCUUUUCUGCGUGUUGUUUUUAUAUGACAUAUUCAUGUUUUCUUAUCUUACCCAUUUAUAUACCAGUUUUAAAAUUUCCACAUUUUCAUUUUGUUCUUUUUUUAUUCGGCGAGCACGGUACUUACUGUCUUGUAGCAUCGCAUUCUUUAAGGGACUUCUUAUUGUGGAGACUGGAGACAUAGAAAUUGUUCUCAUGCAUUAAGAGUUACAAAUUACAAUGAAUAUAUUAUUCAAUGAAGCAUGCUUUUAUAGUUAGAUAAAUACUUUUAUUUGCAUGCUUGAUUAUGGAAAAUGUUAAAGAGAUUGAACGUGUCAUGUCAUACAAGAUGCAGCAAAGAAUAUAUCAAUUUCCUAUAAGGAAAUACCUGAACAAUAACUAUCUGGCAAUAUUGUAUAUGCUAUUACCUCAGUCCUUGAAUCACGCAUCAUAUUAAUGGCAGCAACCUCAAUUAUGUUGGCUAGCUCUGCACCAACCAUUCCAUCAGUCAUACUUGCAACAGCCAUGUAAUCCAUGACGUUGGGGUUUUUGAUCUUGUUCCUCAUUUGACAUAUUUUUUUGGUACGUCGAUGUUUUUUUAAAAAAAUUGUUGAAAGAAUCAUGUUUGGCUCAUGUGGCUGGUAGUGUGAAGGCCAGAUAAUGAGUACUAACGUGGAAUGUUGGAAAUCCGUGUUGGGUGGCUUUGAUGUGUUAAAGAUUGAUGCUUUGAGGGUUUGGGGGUGACUGGGCGUCAAAUCUAACAGCGACACGGCAGGUUCCGAUGUCCGGUCAUGUGGGGCAUUGAUGACUAUAGAUAGCGAGACAACGUCUUUUGCUCAUCCCCACAGCACACCAAACGAGUCAUUUGGAGUUUGGUUUUGCACACUCUGCUCUUCUUUGCUUCCAGAUUGCUGGCAUGACUUGAAUGGAGUUGAAGAUGAGGUGGCAUGAGGGUACAAGUAAUGAAGAACUCGUGUAGCAGUCUUAAUGAUCUUGUUAAACUAUCCUAUUGGUACAACUUCGGAAAGUGAUAGCAAAACUUCAAGAACUAUCAAACAAUCUCCAGGGCUUACUUUUAGAGGCAGUUCACUUUGCUAGUUAUUCUGGAGCAUUGGCUAAUCCACUUUUGGCUUUUGAAUCAGCACUGAACACAUUAAAUAGCUCCCUUUUAGAGGAAUUUGUUGCUCUAUUGCUUUUGAAGUGCCUAGUGGCUUAAAAAAAGAGAAAGAAGCUAUUGUUUUGACUGUUCUAUAGAUGCUUAUGGGAAGAGGUGGAUCGUUCUCAGCUAGAGGGCCUGGAAAAAGGGAUGCACUCAAGGCUGUUAUGUCUGGGACUGGGAGUGGGAAUGGAUCAGAUUCAUCAAAUGCCAAUACAGGCACAUCCAUAGGUGCAGCAAGCAGAAGCAAAAAUGCUCCAGGAAAUAGGAUUGAUAUUGGGUGGAAGCAUGGGACAAAUGUUUUAGGGAAUGGUAAAAAAGUUAAGUGCAACUACUGCUCAAAGAUCAACAAUGGGGGAAUUUUUAGAUUUAAGCGUCAUCUUGCUGGGACUAGAUGGGAUUCUGAACCUUGUGCUUCAGUGCUUGAAGAAGUUAAGAUGCUUAUGAUGAAUGUUAUUGCAAAGGUUGCUAAUGCAUCAGAGAAGAGAAGAAAGUUGAACAGUAUUCAUGAAGAAGGUACUGAGGGAGUGGAAGUGGAGUCAAAUAGUAGUCAAAGUGGAAUACAAUGGAAAGGGAUGCUUGCAUUCAAAGGAAGAGGAAAAGCAAAAUUUGUUCAGGCUAGUGGUGGUGAGGGAGUUCAAGCAACUUUAAAUCAGUUAUAUAAAAAAGGUGACAAAGAUAAAGUUGAUGAUCAAUGUGCUGAAUUUUGGUACACAAGUGCCAUUCCAUUCAAUGUUAUUAAAAAUCCAACUUUUGCAAAAUUUUGUGACAUGGUUGGGAGAUAUGGGGUUAGCUAUAAACCUCCAUCAUAUCAUGAUAUCAGAGAGAAGCUUUUGAAAAGAGCAGUGACCAAAACUGAUGUAAUGCUUCAAGAAUUUAGGGAUGAGUGGAAGAAAACUGGUUGCUCAAUUAUGUCUGAUGGGUGGACCGAUAAAAAAAGACGUUCAAUUUGUAAUUUUUUGGUGAACAGUCCAAAAGGGACUAUAUUUCUUUAUUCAUUGGAUACCUCAGACAUCUCAAAAACAACUGACAAAGUGUUGAAGAUGUUGGAUGAUGUAGUGGAUUUUGUUGGAGAGGAGAAUGUAGUGCAGGUGAUAACUGAUAAUGUUGCAAAUUACAAAGCAGCUGGAGAAUUGUUGAUGCAUAAACGAGAGAAUUUGUAUUGGACCCCAUGUGUUGCUCAUUGCAUUGAUUUAAUAUUUGAAGAUUUUGAGAAACAUUUGAAGGUUCAUCAGACUACUAUAACGAAGGGAAGAAGGAUCACCACCUACAUUUAUGGUAGAACAAUGUUGAUUAGCAUCAUGAAGAAGUUCACAAAUGGAAGAGACUUGAUUAGGCCUGGUAUGACUAGAUUUGCCACAGCUUAUUUAACUUUAGCUUGCCUUCAUGAAUUUAAAGCAUCAUUAAUGAGCAUGUUUAGCUCUGAAGAGUGGAAAACAAGCAAGUUUGGAACUUCACAAGAGGGAAGAAAAGUACAGAAUAUGGCUUUGGAUAGUCGAUUUUGGAAUAACGUAACCAUGUGCCUCAAAGUUGCUGCCCUUCUUAUGGUGGUCCUUCGAUUGGUGGAUUCAGAUGUAAAACCCGCCAUGGGUUUCAUAUAUGAGGAGAUGGAAAAUGCAAAAGAGAAGAUAAAAUGCAACUUUAAUAACACCAAGAAAAGCUAUGAGCCUGUUUGGAAAAUUAUUGAUGAGAGGUGGGAUCAUCAGCUUCACAGGCCUUUGCAUGCAGCUGCAUAUUAUCUUAAUCCUCACCUGCACUAUGAACCUACUUUCAGACAUGAUGACCCUCAAGUGAAAGAAGGGUUGCACAUGUGUAUGAGAAGAUUGGUCAAGGAUGUUGCAGAAAGGAAAAAAAUUAAUUUGCAACUUGUUGAGUUUCAUUUUGCUAGAGGGCUUUUCUCUAUGGAAGAGGCAAAGGACAGUAGAAAAAUCAUGCAACCUGGAGAAUGGUGGGAGAUGUUUGGUGAUGGAACUCCAGAACUGAGGAGAUUUGCUAUUCGUGUUUUGAGCUUGACUUGUAGCUCUUCUGGGUGUGAGCGUAAUUGGAGCUCAUUUGAAAUGGUUCAUACAAAGAGAAGAAAUCGAUUACAACAAAAGAAAAUGAAUGACUUGGUUUAUGUCAUGUAUAACUUGAAGUUAAAAAGUAAACAAAAUAGAAAAAGUAUUGCUCUUCCAUUUGAUGAGAUUGAAUCUGACAAUGAAUGGAUAACUGAAGAGGGAUAUAAUGAUGAGGAUGAGCAACCUCAAGCUUAAGGUCAUGGUGACAAUGUUGAAUUAGUGGGAGAUGUUGGAGGAAGUUCAAAUGAUCCAAUUGUAGAUGCUUUUGAUCUAGAUAAUUUAAUUUUCUUGGAACCUAAUGAUGAUGAUAAACAGUCUGAGGAAGACCUUGAUGAUGAUGGAGAUGGUGAUGAAAGUGAUGAUAUUCAUGGAGAUGAUCCUAUUAGAGGAUUGGACAUGCUUCUUUGAAGACAUUUGUGCUUUUUUUAAUUAUUUAAAUGCUUUAAUUUUGAACACUUAUGUU